UUUGACGGUAGAACAGAUCCUGACGUUGCUGGAAAAGAGGGCGGGGGACAGCAGUGUUAUACAACGUGUGUUGUUUUAGCAGGGAAAUAAAUCCUGCUGUAAAGUUGUAAUAAUUUAUUAUUGUGACUUCGGGUUGAAUCAUGUAUCGACGCCCUCUGCAGCAAUGUUUCAGACAAUUAUUAAGCUCGGGUCUUUGUAGCAGGACCGUCUUCGGGAAGGCCACUGAGCAGGAUCUUGCCAAAACUUUGGUGUCUUGUCAUUGCAAUACAGGAGCUGUAUUGAAUACUCAGAUGCGAUGUCGAGCUCUUCACAGCACACAAGAGGUCCAUGCUGUAAAACAUACACCUCAGACUUCAGAGGAAGAAGUUGGAGCUUUCACCAAACUUAUUGAGGCCAUGGGCUUCACUGGGCCACUCAAAUACAACAAAUGGAAAAUCAAAAUAGCUGCUUUGCGCAUGUAUACUUGCUGUGUUGAGAGAAUCAACUACGACGAGUUUUUUGAAAGGUGCUCCCUCCCUGACACACUCAACUCCUGGUUUUUGGUGGCACAGCUCCAUGUUUGGAUGUGCCUGGUGAGGAUGAGGCAGGAAGGCAGAGAAGGGAAGUAUAUGUGUCGCUACAUCGUACAUUCUAUGUGGGAGGAUGUAGAACAGAGAAGCAAGAUCAUGGGGAUUGAUGCUACUCAGAGGAAGGAGGGUAUGAGGGUUAUGACUGAAACAUUUUAUGCUGCUAUUUUUGGAUAUGAUGAGGGAAUCCUGUCAGAUGACUGUGUUCUUGCUGCAGCACUUUGGAGGAAUCUGUUUAACAAGCAGUGUGAGGAUUCCAGACAGCUCGAGCUUAUGGUCGAAUAUGUGCGCAAGCAGAUGCAGUUUAUUGAUGCUCUCGAUGGGGAAGAUCUUCUCCUAACAGGAGAGGUUAAAUGGCGCCCUCUGGUGGAGGAGAAUGCACAGAGCAUCCUGAAGGUGUCCAGUCCAACAUAUAAUGAUGCAGGCCUCUGAUCAGUAUGCUGUCAGACCCACAAUUCCAUGGAUUGGAUAUUUGAUUUGAAGACAUGCCCUGCAUUGCAUGAUCUCCUUAUCUGUCUCAGUUUGUAUCUCUCCCUCUCUCAUUAAACCAGCAUACUGUGAUGGGACUGCGUGAAACUUUUAACCUAAGGGAGUAUGGGGGAUUCAGCCAUUUGAUGUAAUUACACAUUAGAAGAGAUGGCAUUAUGUUUAUGCCCUUAGCCAUGACUGUAUCUCCAACCCUAUUCUCACUGCGUUAGAGGAACGUGUAUAAGAUUACUUGUUUGCUAGGAUCGUCAAGCCUUAUGGAAUAAGGACUUGUUUGUUUUAAUGAUAAAAUAAAAAUGUUUCUUUGGUAUCACACA